AUGUCAUAUGGUUAUUCCAGUCUGCUUCCUAAAAGAGAGAUUAAUGCUGAUAUUUUUGCCAACGAUAACAAGAAAUGGAAUGGCAAUUUAACAAGGAUUGCUAUAUGGGAUACAGGUGUUGAUCCCACUGCAGCUGGUCUUCAAAUUACACCGGAUGGAAAACCAAAAAUUGUGGAUAUGAUUGAUGCAUCAGGUUCUGGAGAUGUGAAAAUGAAGUGUAAACGACAUGUAGAUCAGGUGAAUCGUACUAUCGAAACUCUAACAGGACGCAAAGUAGAGAUACCAAACCACUGGAAUCCACCUGAUGGUAUAAUAAGAAUUGGAGUAAAAUUAGCAUCAGAAUUGUUUCCCAAACUUUUAAUGCAAAGAUUACGCAAUGAAAAUCGUGAUAACUUUUGGCGACCAAGUAUUAAACGUUUAGCAGCUAAUUUAGCUUGUGAUUUAACUGAAGCUGAAGAGUAUUUAAGCGAUAUAACACAAAAUAUUAAUCGUAUUUCAAUCUCAAGCUCAGAUAAAGAUAGUCCUAGAAAAUUUGUUGAAAAUGAUUCAAGCAAAACUCUACAUGAUGAUAUUUUGUGCACUGAUCAAAAGACAGAUCCGAUUUCGUGUCAGAUGAAUUCUAAUUUUAGCAGUCAUCAAGUGAAACGGGAAAAACGGGAACAGUUUGGUUUAACGCCUACAGCUGCAAAGGCUCAAUUGAAAGCAGCUGCUCGAAGUUUGGAGGAUAGUUUAUCGCUUCUAGAUCAACGUUAUUCACCUAUGGAGAUUUUAUAUGAUUGUUUUGUAUUUCAUAAUGGAAGUGAAUGGGUUGCUUGUGUAGACACUAGUCCUUAUAAUCCUGGUAAAAAAUUAUCUGAUCUACCAUUGUUACGCGAUUAUACAGUGAAUCAUGAAUAUGCAUCAUUCGGUGAACAAACACAACUCUACUAUACAGUGAAAAUCUUUGACAAUGGAAAACUAUUACAAAUUGUCACAAAUAACAGUAGUCAUGGUACUCAUGUUGCUGCAAUAGCCUCAGCUUAUUUUCCCGCCUGUUCAUCAAAGCAUCCAUCUAAGCAUUCUCCUAGAAAACAGCCUACUGAUGUUUUCGCCUCAGCCAAUAAGACCAUCACGGAUGCGGCUAAGUCGAUUUCGCAUUUUUGUGAUCGUAAUGGUGUUGCCCAGGUGCACAGAUUGUAA